UUUUUUUUUUUUUUUUUUUUUUUCGUUACCUGUUGUUGCAGAUUUAAAGACUGUUGCCGCUUUCACUAAAAUUAAGUUUGGAUUUUCCCAAAGCAACGGACCUCGUGAAGCUACAGAAACAUCUCGGCCAGUUUGAAACUGAUUUGGGGGGAAAGAAGCUUCCGUCUAGAGAUGAACAGCACUGGUGAGAAAAUGUUAACAAGCACCCUGUUUACAAAACCAUCAGCUGCAAGAGUUUUUGGUGGCGUAAGCUCGCAGCUGUCAUCUCCUUUUUCAAAUUCUACAAAUGUUAGAAAUGCAACGUUGUUACGCUCUGGAAACGAAUCCAUCAGUGGGGAUCGGCUCUUUUUGAACACAGCGGCGGCACAGGGGCUGUCUGGGAUCUUUGUGUGGUCAGCACUGCUGCUCACCUGUCACCAGAUCUACAUGCAUCUACGGUAUUACAGCAUUCCGAACGAGCAGCGCUACAUCAUUAGAAUUCUCUUUAUUGUUCCAAUUUAUGCCUUUGAUUCCUGGCUCAGCCUUCUUUUCAUCAGCAAUGAUCAGUACUAUGUUUAUUUUGACUCCGUACGGGACUGCUACGAAGUUUAUGCAGUCAUAUGGAGUCAACUGGUGGGAACCACCCAAGUUCAGUUCGCAAGCUCAGCCAGAGCAUUUGUAAUUUAUAACUUCCUCAGUCUGUCCUUUGAGUAUCUUGGAGGGGAGAGUGCGAUUAUGUCAGAAAUCAGAGGGAAACCCAUUGAGUCGAGUUGUUUAUAUGGGACCUGCUGUUUGGGAGGAAUUAGUUACUCCAUUGGAUUUCUGCGUUUCUGCAAACAGGCAACUCUUCAGUUCUGUGUUGUCAAACCCAUCAUGGCCGUCAUCACCAUAAUUUUGCAAGCAUUCGGGAAAUACCAUGACGGAGACUUCAAUGUUAAUGGUGGCUUCCUCUACAUCAGCAUCAUCUAUAACUUCUCGGUGAGCCUGUCGCUCUACUCCCUGUUUCUGUUCUACUUCGCCACCAGUGACCUGCUCCGCCCUUUCGAACCCGUGUUAAAAUUUCUGACCAUAAAAUCAGUCAUUUUCCUCUCUUUCUGGCAAGGAAUGUUGCUUGCUAUCCUAGAGAGGUGUGGUGUCAUCCCUGAAGCCCUGAUAAUCGACGGUCAUGAAGUUGGGGCUGGGACAGUGGCUGCAGGCUGGCAGAACUUUAUCAUCUGUAUUGAGAUGUUCUUUGCUGCAAUAGCACUAAGAUAUGCCUUCACCUACAAUGUAUACCAGGAGAAAAAGAAUGAAGUACCAGGUAACCAGGCCCCAAUGCAGAGCAUCUCUAGUGGGCUGAAGGAGACCAUGAACCCCAACGAUAUGGUUCAGGAUGCCAUUCACAAUUUCUCCCCCGCCUACCAGCAAUAUACCCAGCAAUCCACCCAGGAUGUGACGGCCCCCAGCCAGAAUGGGAGGCCUGGGCAGAACCAAACUGGGCACAAAACCAAGCAGCCAAAGAAAAAUGACAAACUCAUGCUGCUUCCCUCAGAUGAUGAACAGUAGACCCUUUUGGACAGCUUUUUAUUGUACUGUGUGAGUUUCACCACUUUAAGUAGCGGGGUUCCGAAAAAUCUAGCGUUACACGUCCCCAGGUGCUGCUGCGACUGUUUAAAUAACAGACCCAUCAUGUUUCUUUUCAUGGUCCUGACAACUUGUUACACUUAUAACUUUUUAAAGUCUGUUUCAAAGCUCAAAAUGGCCAUGAUAGUGCAGUGGGGUUUGAGAUCUGUCCUCUAAAUCACUGCAGGAAGAGCGAGUAACCAAUAAUGGGGAAGCAGCUAGAUAGCUGCCAAUGUUUUUUUUUUUUUUUUAAAUGGGUAGGUUUACAAAAUUAUAAAAUAAACAACUUGUUAAAAUAGAAAUAAAGCUGCUUCCUUUAUGGUAGGUAAGACACAGUGGUAUAUGUGUGUGUGUGUGUAUAUAUAUAUACUAUAUAUAUAUACACACACACACAUAUACUAUAUACUUUUAUUAUAUAAAAAAUAUAAUCUCCCGUUUACACACUGAAAAUUGAUGUUCCUUCUUGUAUGGGUGAAUAACACUCAAAACCUCAGAAGUAAGACUUGUAUUUUGAUUCUUGUCAGUUUUGAGAAGCACUUCAUCAAUAUCAUCAAUCAUAGCUAGGAAAGCUGUAUUGUAAACAGAGAGGCUGUCUGCUUCACAUCAGACUCGCUGCUGGAUAUGACUGGCAGCUCUAUUUAAGUUGUUAGACUGGCCAUUAAAACCCGCUGAGUGCCCAUGCCCAUGUUCUUAUCCAGACUUCUUUCUGUCAGCCUCCAAAGGGCCAGCUUUUGAAAACCAUUACGAAUUUUAAAAAUAUAAAUUGUAUUUUAAAAAGAGGUGUGGAGAGUGCAGAGUAUAACGUUUUGUAACUGCUUGUACAUUUUGUCAUUUUUUUAAGAAUGUUAAUUUGUUUUUACUGCUUAGUGUUUGAAAAUAAUUUAGA